CCAGAGCUAUUUUUAGGGACAGCCGUUGAUCUUCCAAUCUGCAUUUUGCGGCCCGUUGUUCUUACUCCGGUUUCGUCGUCUGAAACGGCGACGCUUGCAAGUGCGCACGCGGAACACUUUCCACUUCUCUUGUAUCCAGGCGGGAGAAAUAUAGCGACGUUGAGGAGCUAUAUACGGGGCGAGGGGAUCCCAACAUCUCCUUUUACCUAAUAAGAUAAUCCAUGUCUGCAACAUCACCGACACUACCAUCGCACCACCAUUCAACACCAAUGACCACGGAAGUCCGUCAUUGUACGCCGUCUUUCAAAGGGCUUGUGGCCCUGAUUUUGGGUAGUCAAGUGUUAUUGCAAAAAAAGAACGAGGAAAGGGCUUUGAAGUAUUUCAAAUUGGCGGACGAGGAGAACUGCCUUAUGGGUAAAACAGCCGUGGCAUUCUUCAGUGAAUUCAGAAUGGGUGAAGGACCUCAACCCGUUUCGACGAUCCCAAAGGAAAACUACACGCUUGCUGAGAGGCUUUAUACUAUGGCUGCUUCUCGAGGAUGUGGUUUGGCAAAGGCUCGACUGGCAUUUCUAAAGACCCACGGCAGACCUGGAAUCAAGAUCAACCAUGCAGAAGCAGAACGAUGGAGGAAGGAAUGCGCCGAACAAGGGAAAGAUGCCAUUCGCUGGUUGGAAGAAGCAGCAGAAGCAGGAAUAGCUGCAGCGCAGUUUUGUCUGGCAUUAUGCUACUAUAACGGCAUCGCUGUCCCAGAAGAUGAUGCAGUUGCUUUUCUGUGGUGUGAAAAGGCAGCCAAUCAGGGCCAUUCAGGAGCACAAAACGUUUUGGGAAAUCUAUAUAUCGAAGGAUCUGGCUGUACACGGAAUCCUACUCUUGGACUGCGAUGGUACAUCAAAGCCGCGGAACAACGAGAGGCAGCUGCGAUUUACAACAUUGGAACACUAUUCGAACGCGGAAUAGCAGUCGAAGAAGAUUUGUCGCAAGCGCUGGGCUGGUACCAACGGGCAGCAAAGUUUGGGUCCAUCAACGCACAGAACGUUCUCGGCAUCUUCUAUGAACAAGGCCUUGGGAUGAGUGGGCCCAACGAAAUCCGAGCUGUCGAACAUUACCUUUUGGCGGCAAAGGACGGACACCCGCAUGCGCAAUACAAUCUCGGUCGAUGCUAUCAUGAUGGAAUUGGAGUGCGAACGGACAAUGCGCUGGCUGCUGGGUGGUUCCAGCACGCCGCAGCACAGAAUCACGCCUUGUCACAACUGUCACUGGGAAUCUGCUACGAGUAUGGUAUGGGAGUCCCUCAGAACAAUGUCAUGUCGCUUCAAAACUAUACUCUGGCUGCGUCGAAUGGAUGUGAAGAGGCAAACAAAAGAAUUCGUCCCGUAGUGGCUGUCAAAAUGCUUGCCCCGGCUCGCGUGCUGCUGAGCAAUAAGUUAUCUCCUGCUUCUUCCCCCUCGUCCCGCCCUACCACAAUCCACUCGCUACCGCUGGAGAUCCUGGAGCAUAUCAUUGGCUACCUGGAUGACCGUCGCCUCCUAUCGCCACGAGAACACCGUGUGAUAUUUAAAAUCGCCGCAGAUAAACGGACCAUGACUGGCAGCAUGUCCUCAAAGCUUGCAUACCUGGACCUGCUGGGAUUGAAGGAAUUGGCUCUUGGACAGCUUCCACUUCCUAAAUGCACUUGCUUCGGAGGAACUUGCAAGGAAAUCAAACAUAUCGUGGAUGCGAUCGAAAAUUUCCAGCCCGCCAUGAAAUCGUGGGACGAUCUGCUGGAGGUAGGCUCUGGACAGCUGGAUGUGGCGCCCGCUGCGGAGGGACCAUCGUUUUACCACAAGUCAUUGGUUGUCGCACCUCCCGUCCUGACACUCCAACCUGGCGCCCCGACGGUAUGGACCGAGCCAUCAACUGGUAAGGAGAGAUAGUGCACUUAGUGCGGACAAUUUUGAUAUCGUGCUAGGCUGCAAUACCUUUCUUCCUGUUGCGAUCCUAUAUAUAAUUGUAGUAUAGUGCAGCAUACUUCUGUAGCAUAACAUUGUUUUAUAUAGCAUAUCAACGAGAUGAUGUAUACAUGGCGUGUCUGUUUUUGUAAAUACACUAUUUAGUACCUC